UUCCGGAUGUCAAGAACAGUAGUCUGCUCUUCACUUUCUCGUCUUUCUCUAAUUUUCUUGUCUUGUUAUUGCGUCACAUGUUGGGGUGUCCGAAUAGGGUGAUGGGGUCGUUAUAAAGUAAACGCGCUGCUGAUAAUCUCGAUUUUUUUUCUCCGAAUUGGGGUAUUUCCGUUAAGUAUCCGAUAAUACAUUGUUUCCAGACCAGACGCGAAACUGCCCACCUCUGCUCCGUUAUUCGUAAUAACUUAUAUGGAAACUUGGUACGAUAGAACAUCAGGGACGAGGCAUCCGCCGCUGCGGGGUGGAUCCCGGAUUUGUCACAGGUGUGAUGAUUGCCUCUGAGUGAAGAAGGAACUGAAGCUGUGACUAACAGAAUGUCUUGGGGUGAGUUCAUUGAGCUCCAUGAUUUGAGGCUGCAUGACAAUGACCGGAUUGAGCUGACCUGCUGCGAGGUGCCUCGCUCACCACCUCGCCUGGAGCGGGCCAAUGCCCUGCGGAUCAGCCCAGGGAAGGUCCCAGAGCUGCUCAGCCGGGUGGGCAUCAUCCGACUGCUGGGGGAUAGCCUGGACCCACGGCUCACAGAUGAGAGGGGGGAGGGACAUGACUUCCAGCCCUGCAGCCAUGCCCAGCCCACCUGGUGUGACCUGUGUGGAGACUUCAUCUGGGGACUGUACAAACAGAGCCUGCGCUGUGCCAAUUGUGGAUUCACAUGUCACUAUCGAUGUCGACCUCUCAUCCAAUUAGAUUGCAGUUUGGAUCGUGGCUCCACAGUUGAACAAACAUGUGCUGUAGAGACUGAUACAAAUGUGGAUGAGCAGGUCAAAUGUGGGAAGCAGCAGGAGCUGUCAGGCACAGAGAUCCAGCAGAAGGUGAAGGAGUUCAAUGCUCAAAUCAACAGCAACCUCUUUAUGAACCUGAACAAAGAUGGCUCCUUCACUGGCUUCAUAAAGGUCCAGUUCAAGCUGGUACGACCUGUGUCAGUUCCCCCACCGAGAAAGGGUACUGCAACACAGGAUGGUGCGGGCAAGAAGAAUGGGGGAGUAAAACGUUGCACCUCUUUCUACCUGCCCAAGGAUACAUCUAAACACCUACACAUCAGCUCCCGGACAUGCGCUCGUGAGGUCAUCGAAGCAUUGCUAAAGAAGUUCACUGUGGUGGACAACCCUGGAAAGUUUGCCCUGUUUGAGCGCACCGAGCGUCAUGACCAAGUGUUCCUACGUAAGCUGUCUGAUGACGAGCAUCCACUCGAACUGCGUCUGUGUGCUGGACCCAAUGAGAAAGCCCUCAGUUUGGUAUUGAAAGAGAAUGAGACUGGAGAGGUCAACUGGGAUGCCUUCUCUAUGCCAGAGCUCAAGAACUUUGUCCGCAUGUUACAGCGUGAGGAGGAGGAGCAUGUCAAGCAGAUUUUGCAGCGCUACGCUUUGGCCCGCACCAGAAUGCAGGAGGCCCUUGCUGCUGCUUCCAUCCCUGGUGGUUCCUCCGCUAGUGGUUCCACCCCUGGCUGAGAAACAUGUCGCCUAUGGGACAACCUGCACCUCUGACUGACAACCAUCACAAGAUGACCAGUCAUCACUGCAUCCAAAGAUCCCAGAGAACACAAGUGGACACCUCCCUCAAAGGAGGAGAGUGAAAGAACGAAUGAGAGCGAGAGGGCGCAUGAGAGCAAGAGGGCAAGCGCGUGUGAAUGUGAGAGCUAUCAGAAGUGCCGUACAGCUAGAGAGAGUCUGUUGAUAAUGAGAGUUGAGAAACAGUAUAUGAAACUGUGGCUGAUGAGAGACUGGCUUUGUCCAGUACUGCCUCUCAUUAUGGGGGCGCCAUUUCACUAUCCUGGGUCAGCUACCUGGUUCGUAGCGUUUAUCACAUUAUUCUUGCUGGCAGUAGGGUCCAUAGAUUAUAUCAUUUAUAGCUUUGGGGUAACGAUCAAAGAUAGUUUUGAGACACCUGAGUGGGGUAAGCCAUAUCAAAAAGCUGUUUAACUCCCUUAAUGCCAAGCAAAAAGAGGGUAGCCAACCUACUAGCUAAGACAAAUGUUAAACAUAUUCAGGUGCUGUCUGCCUCAGUAUCUCCAGACCCAAAUGCUAGUCAGAAUAACAAGCGAUGGACAUUAUGGGCCAGGUAGGUACCCCAGGUUUCCAUUUGACCCCAAUCUCUGCCACAUACCUCUUGCACAUCCGUACUGUGAUGGAUGUUACUCUUUUUGCUGUCCCUUUAUGCAACUGAGUGGGAGUGCCCCAUGUGUUGGGUGCACUGUGAAUGUCAAUUGAGAGGACAAUCCCCAGGUUGAUUUAAUUGAUAGGGGAAUCCCCAGGUUGAUUUAAUUGAUAGGGGAAUCCCCAGGUUGAUUUAAUUGAUAGGGGAAUCUCAUCCUUGAAACACUUUGAACUGGAAGCUGAUGAUUUUUAUGGAAUGUUUGUUUGUUUGUAUAUCUUUUCAUGUUCUUUAUGAGAUUUUAAAGCUAAAACAACAGAAUAAUAGAGUUGAGAAUAGGAUUCAUAUGAUCAGUACAUUGCUUGAAAUAAUACCUUGACUGUCAAUUAUUCAAAAAAAAAGUUUUUACAUGUCCAGUGUCAAUAUAUUUUUUACAAAACAAUAAUAAAUUAGCACUGUUCACAUUACAUAA